AGAUUUGCAAGGUCAGAAGCCGUUCUCAUCCCCUUGCCCAGAAUGAGCCAGACUUGAUGCUGAUGCCACCUUCAGGAGCCACCACACUGUGUGACAGUGGGAGGUUUGUUCAUCCCUGAGUAGAGCAGAGGCUGCGCUACUGUCAGACAUGUCUGCCACCACAUGUGAUAUUAGUGACAUCAUCCUGACCUCGCAGGAUCCCAGAAUAAUGAUUCUUGAAGGAUUUUCCAAAGUCGUCUACUUGCAGCUCUCUUGAAAACUGUAAAGACAUUGGGCCUGAAAGUUUCAGUGACUUAUCCAGGGAAACCCGGUUUAUGACAGAGUCAGAAGGAAAACUGCAGUUUCCUCUCGGAUAAGUCACCAAAAGCAUCUUAUCAAAGGGGCCUUCUGAGGAAUACAUCCCAGCUGAAACGAACAAAAGUUCCUGCCUUCAAGCAUCCCAUCUCUUUUACUAGGCUUCCCGUGGAUUGUCUCUACCAGGCGGUAAAUAAUAUUACUGAGAAAAAUAGAUAAACGAUGCACACUGAGCCACAGUUCUCUACACUUGCCCAGGAGCCACAGAAAAUGAACAUCCCUCAGGUAUCAGUGUCAUUCAAAGACGUGACUGUGGAGUUCACCCAGGAGGAGUGGCGGCAGAUGGACUCUGCACAGAGGACCCUGUACAGAGAUGUGAUGCUGGAGAACUACAGCCACCUCGUCUCCGUGGGGUACUGUUUUACGAAACCAGAACUGAUCUUCACAUUGGAACAAGGAGAUGAUCCAUGGUUAUUAAAGAAAGAAUUUCUAAGCAGAAGCUCCCCAGAAGAAUCCCAACGUGAGGAUCUCUCAGAGAAGAGCCUAGAAAACCAAGGCAAACAUUUGUGGCAAGUUUUAUUCACCAACAAAUCAUUGACUACAGAGCAAGAAAUUUCAAGAAAACCAUGCAAUCUGGACAUAAACAUUUUUCCUGCAAGAACAAUGCCCUGUAAAUUUGACACUACAAGGCCUGCUUACUUUCAUCUCAGCUCAUUGGCCCCACACUGUCAGUAUUCAAGAAAGAAGGUUCAUGAGCUUAAUGUAUGUGAGAAAUGGCUUCUCAGUAUUAAGGAUGGCAGAGCUAAUACUGGAGAGAAAUCUUUUGUUUAUAGUAAAAAUGUGAAACCCUUUGGUCAUAAAGAGGAAGUUAGUCAGCACCAGACAAUUCAGACUUUGCAGAAAGCUUUUGAAUAUAAUGAAUAUGAAAAAGCUUUCCUUGAAAAGACUGCCCUCAUGACAUCUAAGAGUACCCACUCAAAAGUGAAACACAAAUUUGGGGAAAAGCAAUGUGAUAAAUCAACCCUUAUAGUCUCUCCUAACAGUCCUCCAGAGGAGAAGAGUCACUGUGAGUUUAAUGAAUUCCAUCAGUGUACUGAAAACAGAAAUAAUUUCAGUAGGCUCACUCAAAGAGCUGACAUAGAAGGGAAAUCUUUCAGCCAAAAAUCACACAUUAGAGAACAUCAGAAAAUUCAUAUAGCGGUAAAACCUUUUGAAUAUGGAAAGAAUUUCAGCCAGAAUUCAGCCCUCCCAGUGCAUCAGAGAACUCAUACAACAGACAAAUCCCCUGAUCUUGACACAUGUACAGAGACAUUGGGUUACCAGUCAACUUUUAAUAUACAUCAGAGAACUCACAUAAUGGUGAAAUCCUAUGAGUGUAAUGAAUGUGGAAGAUCCUGCUGUAUGAAUUUACACCUGAUUCAGCCUCAGAAAAGUCACACAGGAGAGAAACCGCAUGAAUGUCAUGAAUGUGGAAAAGCUUUCAGUGAGAAGUCACGCCUAAGGAAACAUCAGAGAACUCACACAGGAGAGAAACCCUAUAAAUGUGAUGGCUGUGAGAAAGCUUUCAGUGCAAAGUCAGGCCUAAGAAUACAUCAGAGAACUCACACAGGGGAGAAACCCUUUGAAUGUAAUGAAUGUGGGAAAUCUUUCAACUAUAAGUCAAUCCUAAUAGUACAUCAGAGAACUCACACAGGGGAGAAACCCUUUGAAUGUAAUGAAUGUGGAAAAUCUUUCAGCCACAUGUCAGGCCUAAGGAAUCAUUGGAGAACUCACACAGGGGAAAGACCAUAUAAAUGUGAUGAAUGUGGGAAGGCUUUCAAACUGAAGUCUGGUCUAAGAAAACAUCAUCGAACUCACACAGGGGAGAAGCCCUAUAAAUGUAAUCAAUGUGGAAAAGCUUUCGGUCAGAAAUCACAACUCAGAGGACAUCAUAGAAUUCACACAGGGGAGAAACCUUAUAAAUGUAGUCAUUGUGGGGAAGCUUUCAGCCAGAAAUCAAACCUCAGAGUACAUCACAGAACUCACACUGGGGAGAAACCCUAUAAAUGUGAUGAGUGUGGAAAAACUUUCAGGCAGAAAUCAAAUCUCAGAGGACAUCAGAGGACUCACACAGGGGAGAAACCUUAUGAGUGUAAUGAAUGUGGAAAAGCUUUUAGUGAGAAGUCAGUCCUAAGAAAACAUCAAAGAACUCACACAGGAGAGAAACCCUAUAAUUGUAAUCACUGUGGAGAAGCUUUCAGCCAGAAGUCAAAUCUAAGAGUGCAUCAGAGAACUCACACAGGGGAGAAACCCCACAAAUGUGAUAAAUGUGGGAAAACUUUCAGCCAGAAAUCAAGCCUUAGAGAACAUCAGAAAGCCCACACAGGGAAUUAAACAUAUGAAUGUAAAGAAUAUGGAAAAACUCUGAGCUGGAAAUCAAAUCUUACGAUACAAAAGAGAAUACUUAUAGGAGGGAAACCCCUAUGAAUAUAGUGAACACUUGGAAGUUCCUCUGCAAGAUACCAACCUUCACUAAACACAACUUACACAGGAGAAAAAUUCUUGGAACGUAUUUUAUAUGGGCUUUCAUCCAGAGUACAAUCCUCAUUGUUAAUCAGAGAACUCAUGCAUCAAAGAAAUUCUAUAAAGAUAAUGAAUAUGAGAAAUACUCUGUGCAUUCAAUCUGCAGAAAACUCACCCUGCAUAAAAGCUCUGGGAAUGUAAUAAAAAUGUGAAAACUUGUACCAGCAGUCAGAACUCAUUCAUGAUCGAAAUCACACAAUGAGAAAACUGAGAAUAUAAUGAGUGUAUGAUAACUUUCAGCCAAAAGCCAGCUUUCUCAGUACAGCAGAAAAUACAUAGAGGGUAGAGACCUCAUAGUUCAACACAGACAAGGAAUGAGGUAAUGGAUGUGGGGAAUCCUUCUAUAAGUCAGCCCUCAAUUUGACUUAGACUGGGGUAGUACCCAUAUGUCAUAUAAUGACCAUUACUUGUUCACCAGUAACCCAUUUUCUCUUCUCCCUCAUGCUAUAGCUAGUCCAAAUUUCUCAACCACUCUGUCAUCCAAAUGGGGUCAUGUUAGUAACCUCUAGCUAGUGGAAUGUGAGGGUCAAUGACAAGUCUCAUUAAAUACAUCCCUCAAAUUCUCAAUGUUUUCUUCUGUCCCUUAUCAGAAUGGAGUGGAGAUUACCCCCAGUUGAAACCAUGGGGCUCAUGCACUGAAGAUGGGAGAGUACGAGAUGUGAGGAAACAGGGUCAAAGAGUGACCAUGGGAUGGAGUUUUCUCCUCCAUGUACACAGACUUUUUGCAGUGAGGAAAUAAACUUUUUCUUUCCUGAGCUUCUACAGAUUUGGGUAUACUUAAUACUGACAUAUAGUCACCAGCCCUCAGUUAACAAAGCGUAUGAAUAUGAUUUUUGUGGACAUCUGAACUCAGUAAAUAUGGGAAACAUCACUCAGAAGAAUCCCCUGACAUCCUGAAUCACCACAGUUCUUAUCCACAACUGCUCCUCAUCAGUCACGUAAAUAAGCAGGGGAAGAAAUUCAAUAUUUCAACAUAUGUAGGAAAUCCUUUAUCAAAAAAUGAUGUCUCAUUCAAUAUCUGAUAAUUGAGUUGUGAAUGUGUGAAAGUUUUCAAGUCAUCAAACUUUAAUAUCUCUCAGUGUGUUACAGGGGGAAAAUCUGUCAAUUUGAGAAAGGUAAGUAAUAGCCUUUACCUAGAAAUUGUUAUGUCAAAGCUAUUGUUUCAUAUGUAUUAAAACAUUUAAUGAAAUAUAACAAUAUUGAUUCAUAGACAUUCACUAGGUGAAGCAGCUUUAAAAGAACAAGAAAUAAAUUCCAUAAACUGAACAGCAUUGAAUGUAUGUGAAUAUUUUCUGAGUUCUCUGUUGUUUAUCUGUGUAUGUAUUUGUGCAUGCCACUUAACAGUUAUUUGUUUUAUAUGUGUACUGGCACUCAACAUCAUUGUAAUAGAAUUAUGUACCCCUUGCUUAGUAACUAUUCUGACAUCAGCUACAUUUUGCCACAUGUAUGUGAAUAACAAAUAAACCUUUUACAGGAACUAUCUGAAAA